AUGUCUAAUCGCCAACAUGAACAUUGGGUCUCUUCGCGGUCUCUGGAACUUAUCGAUGCUCGCCGACAUAUCCCGGCUGGAAGCGAGCACAAUGAAACUCGCAAAGAGCUCCGGGCAAAACUCCGUGCUAGCCUGAAGAAAGACUGCAAAUCGUGGUGGUCUCGUCGUGCAACAGAGAUGGAAAUGGCCGCUGCCCUUGGUAACCAUCGUAAGUUAUUCCGUCUUAUACGGGAAACGGGCAGCAGGAGACCUGGUGUUAGUGAAACUAUACGUGACGAGAGUGGACAGCCUACCCACAACUUAUCAAAACGCCUGGAAAGUUGGGUUGAGCACUUUGAAAGGCAAUUUAAUCGGUCGGAAUUGUUAGAUUUCUCGCCUACCAGUGAUCGCCCUGCUCCGUGGGCUGUUCCUUUGGAUCCACCCUCUCGCUCAGAAGUCGAACGUGAGAUCGGACUGUUGAAGUUGACCAACCCCGCGGGACCAGAUGAUCUUCCUCCAGCCCUCUUCAAAUUCGGAGGCUCUGCUCUUGUUGAUGCUUUACAUGAAUUCCUAGUGAAACUGUGGGAGCAGGAGACUGUCCCAACCGACUGGAGCCGCUCUGUUAUUGUUCCCAUCUUCAAAGGUGGCUCGCACUCGGAAUGCGGCAAUCAUAGAGGAAUCAGUCUGAUCUCCAUCGCCUCCAAAUUACUCGCCUCCAUAAUUCUUCACAGACUGACUGGCGCUCGUGAAAGCCAGAUUCGUGAGGAGCAAGCCGGGUUUCGUCGUGGUCGUGGCUGCAUCGACCACAUCUUCACCUUGCGUCAGUUGUUGGAGCACCGCCACACAUAUUGGCGGCCCACCGUAAUCGUGUUCCUCGACAUCAAAGGUGCCUUCGAUUCGGUUGAUCGAUGUGCCCAUUGGAAUUGUUUACUCAGGAAAGGUGUGCCCGAGAAAUAUGUAAAUAUUAUCCAAGCAUUAUAUGCGCGUAGCACGGGCAGAGUGAUGGUUUACGGCAAGCUGCCACCACCCUUUAAUAUCUCCAUUGGUGUGAGACAAGGAUGCAUGCUGUCACCUUUCCUCUUCAACUUCGCUGUUGACGAAGUCAUGGAAAUCGCGUUUACAAGACACGACUUAGAAGGUGUGGAGCUACUCCCAGGAGAACGACUUCUUGACUUGGAGUAUGCAGACGACAUUGCCCUCAUCUGUGACAGCUCGCAGACGCGCGAAGCCGCGCUGGACAGAUUAGCACUGGCUGUCCGUCAUUACAAACUUUGCUUCACACCCUCGAAGUGCAAAGCGUUCCCCAAGAUUGGUCUGAACCUUCUCAUGCGCUGA